AUGAAAGUCAUUAAUAAAGAGGAAAGAGCUGCCCAUGAUGCUGCAGUCAAAUGGGGUGGUGCCAAAGGUUUGGUUAUUGGUACAGCCGUUUCUUGUGGUCUUUAUGUGGCUGCUCGUUUCAGGUAUAAAAAGAUUCUAGCGCUAACUGCCUCAGCAAAGACUGCAAUUUUUGUCACACCUCCAGCUUUCUUGAUCUCUCUUUAUGGGGAAUUGGCCUCCAAUGGUUUUGACCGUAACAUGUAUUCUUCUGAGUCAUCUCAGCGCGCCAUAAUAGAGGAACACAAAAAAUGGGAUGCCAUGUCUACGAAGAACAAGAUCACCAUUACUUUGAACGAUAACAAGUACAAGAUCAUUACAGGCCUUUGGGCCUUAUCGCUUUGGGGUUCUUGGGAGUACGCUAGUCGGGACAAGCUUUUAUCGAGGGCUCAGAAGUUCUACGAUGCCAGGAUGUACGCUCAAUUCAUCACCAUUCUCCUACUUUUGGGUUCUAUUGGACUCAGUGUUCAGGAUGAGAAUAAGGCAAAGGGAAAGAAGCUUACCAACCAAGAUCGCUAUCUUAACGAGAUGAUGUCCAGCGAAAAAGAAUGA